AUGGAAGAGGACCUUGAUGAACAGCCCUCCAGCACUCAAUGGGGCUUAACACACCAGCAGUUUCCUUCUCUCAGUUUUGUUCCAUUCUCACUUAAGUUCACUCUUUCCAGAUUGCUUAUUGGAGAUCCAGGAUCCAACAUUCUGUGUGCCUGUGACAUUAGGAAUAACUGUGUCAACAUCACACUGCCAGAUAUAGACAGCACCUCUCACCUUGGGCUGACUCUGGAAGUGGAUCCUUUGUCCAACCGUUGUCUUGUAUGUGGCUCUGCUAUUCCUCACAACUGUUUUGAGACCCAGUACACAAAUGGGGCCUGCUACAUCGUGGACUCCAGUCUCACUGUGUCCAGUAAGAGUACCCCUGGUUUUGAAGAAUGCCAGAAUGAUGAUGUGGAUCUGUGUUUCCUAUUCGAUGACUCGCACAGUGUGGGGGAACUAGAGUUUGGAAAAGUUCAGAAGUUCCUACUGAACACAAUCCAGAACCUAAAGAGCAGCACUGUACAUUUUUCUGUUGUUAUGUUUUCAACAAUGCCAAAGACAGUUUUGAACUUUACGGAUCAUCAACUUGGAAAAGCCGAAGAAAAAAUUAAGGAGAUGAAGCAUAUAGGAGGUUUUGGAUAUUUAUACAGAGCCCUCAGAUUCACACUAAACGAGAUCUUCACCCCAGAAGCUGGAGCCCGGCAGCACGCCAAGAAGGUACUUCUGCUGCUGACUGAUGGAGAAGUCAAUGAUGGUAACAACGGAGCAACAGAAGCUGCAGACAAACUAAAAGUCACCCGUUAUGUCAUUGGGGUCGGAAACAACUUUAAAGCUGAAGAUAUAACUGAACUGCCCUCUAAUCCAAAGGAACAUCACACACACGAGAUAGGGGAUUUCUCACAGCUGGAGGCCAUUUUUAAAGAGAUGCAAUCCAAGAUGCUGGCCAUUGAGGGGGUCGCACAUGGUUCCGGUUUUACACGAGAAAUGUCUUCUGCUGGGUUGAGUGCCUCUUUUACACAGGAUCGGAGCAUCCUGGGAGAUCCGGGUAUAUUCGAUUGGUCUGGUGGGAUCCUUGGUCUCUCAGAGCAGGAAGAACUCAUUUACAUGUCUACAAAAGAAGAGGACAAGUAUGGAUAUCUGGGUUACUCUGUGAAAAUGUUCCAUAAUGGGAAAGAACUGUUCUGUGUGGUGGGCUCUCCACGCCACCAGUACAUUGGACGCGUCACUGUCCUGCAGGAAGUUGCUGGUGAAAAUAAAUGGAAGAACAUUGAUACCUUACUGGGGCAACAGGUUGGUUCAUAUUUUGGAGCAGAGAUUGCAGUAUCUGACCUUAACCAAGAUGGCGUGACUGACCUGGUGCUAAUUUCUGCUCCUCAUCAUUCUGAACCUAAAUGGUCUGGACAGGUCUCUGUGUGCCGGUUUACUGAGCAGAAGCUGGAGUGUACGGUCACCCUCCAUGGAGAACCAGGUCAUCUUCAGUCUCAGUUCGGAGCUGCAGUCUCAUCACUUGGAGACCUGGAUGGAGACAACAUCACUGAGGUGGCUGUGGGCGCCCCAUAUGAGAUGGAUGGAAGAGGAGCAUUAUACAUAUAUAAAGGGGGCUCUGCUGGACUGUCACCUUUCUAUAGCCAGAGGCUGCUUAGUCCUCCCGGAAUCCUGGGAUUUGGUCUCUCCUUCCAUGGAGUCCUGGAUAUGACAGAGGAUGGCCUGAUCGAUGUGGUUGUCGGAUCACGGGGUCAUGUCACUUUGCACAGAUCUCAGCCUGUACUCAAAGUGAGUGUGAGUGUGACUUCAAACCAGACGUACCUGCUUGUUUCCAGCCUGGAGGCGAAUGGCAGUAACAGUAAUCUGACAUUACAGGCGUGUGUGCACGGCCACAUACUGACCCCCAAAUACACCGGCUCCGUGUCCCUCUCCAUCCGGUACAGACUUGUUCUGGAUUAUCAGAAACCUGAGAGCCGAAUGCUCUUCACAAACAGACAGAGAGAGAUGAAUGGGACUGUAGAAAUCCAGGGGCCCGGGGCCCAGUGUCACAUGUAUACCAUAUUCCUCCAGGACUGUCAUAUGGAGGAUGUCUCUGAGGUGCAGGUGUCUCUCACAGCUUUUCCAGAGCAUGUUGACUCUCCCUGGCUUCUCGCCCCAUCCAGUAAUCUCAGUGCCACCGGCCAGAUAUCCUUUAAAAUGUGUGAAGGAGAAGAGACCUGUGAGCCGGACACCAGCAUCAAACUGAG